AUGGAAGCACAUACUUCCACCAAGACAAGCAACUACAUAGGUGUACGAAAGCGGCCAUGGGGAAAAUAUGCUGCCGAGAUUAGGGAUUCAACCCAGAGUGGGAAGAGGGUUUGGCUGGGAACUUUCAACAGCCCCGAGGAUGCUGCUUUGGCUUACGACCAGGCCGCUCUAGCGAUGCGUGGCACCUCGGCUUGCCUCAACUUCCCGCCCGAGCUAGUGCGCGAAUUGUUGGAAAAAGUGGACUGCAAAGAAGGGAUGUCCGUGGCCGCAGCUCUGAAGGAGAAGCACCGGAAAAGAACCCGGCGAGGUAAAGGAAAUUCGUGCAAAGAGGCGGAGGAGGAGGGGAAUAAUGGUGUUUUGGUUUUUGAGGACUUGGGAUCUGAUCUCUUGGAUGAGCUCUUGUCUGUAACUUCUUCCUCAUAUUAA